CAUAAUUGACGUCACUUCCUGUUAUCCACAAUUUUAAAAAUAUUGUCCUUCUCAGUAAUGGCGGCUUCCUUCCCUUCUCCUUCUGCAAUAAACAACAACAAAUGGUACUUCACCCGAGAACAGAUCGAGAAUAGCCCUUCUCGCCGUGCGGGGCUUGAUCCAGACAAAGAAUUGUCCUACAGACAACAAGCUGCGAACCUUCUACAGGACAUGGGACAACGACUCAAUGUGUCCCAGCUAACAAUUAAUACUGCCAUUGUGUAUAUGCACCGAUUCUACAUGAUCCAGUCGUUCACCAGGUUCCACAGAAAUGUCAUAGCUCCAGCAACACUAUUCCUGGCUGCAAAGGUUGAGGAGCAGCCCCGCAAGUUGGAGCAUGUUAUCAAGGUGACCCAUGCAUGCCUCAACCCUCAGGACCCUUCACCAGAUGUCCGCAGUGAUGCUUACCUGCAACAAGCCCAAGACCUGGUCAUUCUUGAGAGCAUUAUACUCCAGACCCUGGCCUUUGAAAUCACCAUUGACCACCCACAUACUCAUGUUGUCAAGUGCACCCAGCUAGUCAGAGUUGUUCCAGCGAGUAAGGAUUUGGCCCAGACGUCAUACUUCAUGGCUACCAACAGUCUACACCUGACCACAUUCUGCCUUCAACACAGCCCGCCCAUCGUGGCCUGCGUUUGCAUCCACCUGGCCUGCAAGUGGUCCAACUGGGAGAUCCCAGUCUCUACAGACAGCAAGCACUGGUGGGAGUAUGUGGACAAUACUGUCACCCUCGAGCUGCUGGAUGAGCUCACCCACGAGUUCCUGCAGAUCUUGGAGAAGACACCAAGCCGAUUAAAACGCAUUCGCAACUGGAAAGCGGCAGGUCAGACAGUGAAGGGAGGGAAGUCCAAGGUGCCAGAAGACGGCGAUCAGACAGAUGGCAUGAUGAGCAUGGUCUCCAUGUCGUCGUCUGAGACCACGCUGGGUGGCCUGAUGAGCCUCUCCAACCCUCUCUCUUCAUCUUCCUCCUCCAUGGCUCCCAUACUACUGGAGCUCAAGUCGACCCUUGGCAGUGGUUCUGACCAGCCCAGCCACGUCGAGCUGCAUGCCCCGGCCAAGGUGUCACUGAGCGAGUACCGGGCCAAGCACGCUGACGUCCUGGCUGCUCAGAAGAGGAAGCUGGAGAACAUGGAGGCCAGCGUGAAGAGGGAGUACGCCACGGCAGCCCAGGCUCUGAUAGGCCAGCAGCAGAGGAAGGAGAAGCACCACCGUGACCAGCAGCAAUCCAGCUCCCACCAUUCCAGCUCGGCCUCCUCUGACCUCAGCAGCCCCUCGCCCAUCAUCCUCAAGAUCCCCCUGGAAAAGGAGAGGGGCGAGCGCAGCUCCCUGAAGAUGCGCCUCCCUCUGGGGUCUGGGGGAGGCGGGGGGCAUAGUGGAGGAGGGAACAGAGGAGCAGGAGGAGAAAAGGACAUCAAAGUGAGAAUUCGGGUGCCUGAGAAAGUACGCAGUGGAGGCUCGGGAGAGGAGGGGGGCAAGACUAGGGAGGGAAAGCACCGAGAACGUUCCAACCACCACCAUCAUCAUCAUCACCACCACCAUCAUUCAUCGUCAUCUUUUAGCGGUGCUUCUGUCUCUUCGUCCUCGUCACAUAAACACUCAGCCAGUGCUGCUGGAGCUGUAGGAGGAAGCAGCAGCAAAAAAGCCCCCAGUGACUCGUCUAGAAUGAGCUCCUCUUCCUCUGUGUCUCGAAAGAGGACACAUUCCACGGAGUCCCAGGGCUCCCACUCGUCCAAAGUCUCUAAGUCCUCCAGGAACUCAGCUCACCAGCUGCCUGCUCUUUUAGCUGCCUCUGGAGCACAUUCCCUGGGGGCACACCCCACUGAUAUCCUCCCCUCCCUCCACCAGGGCAACUACUCUCACUCCAAGGGGGACAAGCUGGACACUAACGGACACAAUGCAGGUGUUGGCAGCCAGUCGAAUGAGUAUCAGGACACGUUUGAAAUGCUGAACUCUUUACUGAGUGCUCAGGGGGUGCAGCCUGUCCAGCCUCCCAUGUUUGAUUGCCGGUCUCAGUAUGUGGAGUACAGAUACAGCGGCGGGUCUAGGGGGGGAUCUCGACCACCACCUCUGCCUGCUGAACCUCCACCUCCGCUACCCCCUCUACCCAAGUGAUCCCUGAUGAAGGGGUGAAUUACUGACAGUGUACCUGUAGACUCAUCCAACCAUGUUACAUAAGAUAUUUGCUCUGUGAAUUUUGUCCCUUUUAUGUGUUUGUAUGGAUCAUGUUGUGGUUUUCAACUUGACAGCAAAGAAAUGUACCAAUACAUACUUUUCAGUGAUGUAGGUGCUGAAGUGUGUCCCUCGUCACAUCAUAUUCAAUACAUCUGUGGGGCAAUAACAGGAGGUGUGAAAGAAAUGCUUGCAAAAAAUUUGAAACGAACAAAAUUAAUUAUUUAUUCACAAUGUAAAUACUUUAUCAUGAUAUGACCUCAAAUCAGAUUUUAUGGAAUGGCGGGCAUAAUAUUUGAGCCAUAGCUAUUUUUAAAAGAAAGUCAAACGUUACAUGUUUGAAUGCCUAUUAGAGGAAACAAACUUGUUUGCUUCACUUACUACAUUUUAAAGUCUUGCUAACAAUGAGUCUUUUCCAUAAUGUUUUUGAAAUAUACUAUUUAUUAUUAGUAUUGAAUGCUUUUGAGGAAGUUUAAAAAUAUAUAAAUAACUGCCCCUUUCCGCUGUGUUAAACUGAAGGAUAGUUGAGUGCUCCUUACACAGGCCUAUUUCAGAAUGCAUGUCUUCAAAGCCAUCGUUUUCAACAUUUUGUUUGUUUCAAAAUACUGUAGUAACUGAGGUUUUUGUCUCCGUUUUGUCAAUACAUUUGUUUUGUAAUCUCUA